CGGAGCUGCUGGGAUCGCACCAUGGCCUGGCUCCCUCUCCUGCUCACGGUGCUCGCCCACGGCACAGGUUCCCUGGUCCAGGCAGCGCUGACUCAGCCGCCCUCCGUGUCAGCCAACCCAGGAGAAACUGUCCGGAUCACCUGCUCUGGCGGUAGCAGCAGCAGCAGCAAUGAGUAUGUUGGUUUGCAUGACCGAAAACCUGGCACUGCUCCUGUCACUCUGAUCUAUGAGAGCAACAAGAGACCCUCGGGCAUCCCUUCGCGAUUCUCUGGAUCCAAGUCUGGCUCCACGGCCACGUUAACCAUCACUGGGGUCCAAGCCGAGGACGAGGCCGUCUAUUUCUGUGGUGGCUAUGACAGCAGCAUUGAUGCUGGUGUAAUCACACAGAGAGAUGUGGGAGUGAGCUACAGAGCAAUCCAAAUUGGAAAUGUUCUGCCCUUCUCCUUCAAGGCCAAGCAAGGCUUUGGAGCUGGUGCAGGUUCCUGUCCCUUCUGCAUGGCCAUGGCUGUGAAUGUUGUUCCUUUCACAUCCCUGAAAACUGGAGGUGACUUUGUGGCUGGGCACCAUUGUCCUGGUCCCUACAAAGUUCUCACAGUGUGGCCUUGUGUGCCAUGCCAGUGCCUCUUGCUACUGCUGACCGUGUCCUGCUGCUGCUGCCAGAGCUGCCUCUGUGCUGGGAUGCGCUGGGCUGGGCUCCGCUCCCCAGAUUUGCGUGUGACUGCAGCCAGGUCCAGUCUUCUCUGCCUUUGACAUUCCCUGUCCCGG